AUGGAUAGCAAAAUAAAAAUUUUAACUUUCCUUUGCUUCGCCACCACGGGAACGUAUUACAUUUGUGUACAUAAAAAGAAGGAAAUAAAGAAAUUGCUUAAUUCCUUAUUUUUAAAAAACAAAAAGAAUAAACACAAAAGAAAGAACCGUGUCCGGAGGAACACACCAAAUGGGCAUAAGAAUUUACCCUUAAGCAGAAUAGAGACAGAAGGCGAAUCCAGUGCAAGCGAAGUUAUUCUAGUAAAUGAUGAUACAUCUGUUAUAAGUUCUGAAAAUGAAUCAUAUUUUGUUGACACAUGUGGAGAAGAGACCCUGGGGAGAAUAAAUGGAAAACAAAGCCUGCACACAAGUAAUGAUAAGUUUAAUGGCAAGUCUUUUGAUAAGUCUACUUGUCAAAUGAAGGGCCACGAAAAUAACGGAAGUACGAGGAAAGAGAAAAAUUCCUCCAGUGACAGGGAAAGCACAUUAACCGACGUGGAGGAUAUUAACAACCUCAAUGGGAGAACCAAUUAUAAAUUUGUGCAAAUGAAAGCAAAACAGAAAAACUAUGGGAAAUACGUAAACAAGUACAAUAAUGGAAUCUCAAAAAAGGGAUCACAUGCAGAAAAAGAUGAUGAAAAAGUGGAUGAAAAAGAGGAUGAAAAAGAGGAUGAAAAAGAGGAUGAAAAAGAGGAUGAAAAAAAUUUAGCCGAAAAAUUCAACGAAAGUAGAGUUAUACUACCAGAAAAUUAUAAAAUAUAUUUCAAAUCCUUUGGAUGCGCUCACAACAGUUCUGAUUCUGAAUUUAUGAUGGGUCUUCUUGGCAACUACGGAUUUCAGUUUGUUAAAAAUGUAGAAGAGUGCGACAUUUGUAUAAUUAACAGUUGUACUGUGAAAAAUCCAAGUGAAGAAAGUAUGAAGACCAUUAUCAAUUAUGUAAAGAAGUUAAAUAAGGCUAAUGAGACCAGAGGUGGAGUAUCUCGAAUGGGAAAAACGAGGGACAAAGGGAAAAAUAAUAAACUUGGAGAUGACAAGAAAAGUGGAAAAGACAAGAAAACGAAUCAGGAUCACUCACCACAUGUAGAUUAUCUAACAACAUCAUCUUCAGGACUCUCGGAUUUUGAAAAUUGUGAUAAUUUCGAAACGAACAACUGUUGUGAAAAGGGGAAUAUAAACCCCUGCACAGAUGUCGUGAGAGAAACGGAAUCAAUAUGCGGAUGUACGUCUCAAAAGGAUGAAUCUUGUAUAAUUAAAAAAGAAAAUUGUCAAAUUGGAAUUGAUAUACAUACUCAAAAUGAAUAUCCUGACACGAGUGAAAAAAAAAAAAAAGUGGAAAAUCAGGGGGAAGAUUCAGUUCAAAUGGAUAGCUACAAAACUGAAGGCAUAUAUAGAAACGGAAAGGAAGAAGUGAAGAAAAUUUUUAAAACUAAAUCAAGGGAGGAAAAGAAAAAGCAUGGAAAAGACAUCAAAAUCAUUGUAUGUGGAUGUGUGCCUCAAGCAGAAAAAGAUAUGGAAAUAUUUGAGAAUGUUUCACUAGUGGGUGUAACUAACAUAGAUAAAAUUGUAGAUGUUGUUGAAAAUGUAAUUAACGGAUACAAUGUGAGAUAUCUGAAACAGUCGAAGAGAAUGACCUCUUUAAAUCUUCCAAAAAUACGAAAAAAUAAAUAUAUAGAAAUUAUUAAUAUUAAUAACGGAUGUUUAGGAAACUGUACGUAUUGUAAAACAAAAUUUGCAAGAGGAGAUUUAUCUAGUUAUAACAUUUCUGAUAUUAUUAGCAGAGUAAAAUAUGUGUGUAAUGAAGAGAAUAUAAAAGAAAUAUGGUUAACAUCCGAAGAUACAGGUGCAUAUGGUAUAGAUUUAAACACAAAUAUUGUUAAACUUUUGAAGGAAAUAUUAAAAUGUGUCCAAAAUAGCGACGUUAUGAUACGAUUAGGUAUGACCAAUCCACCUUAUAUCUUGAAACACGUCGAAGAUAUAUGCAAUUUAUUGAAACACAAAAAUAUGUAUGAAUUUAUUCAUAUCCCUGUACAAAGUGGUAGUAAUAGAGUAUUAAAAAACAUGAACAGGGAAUAUGAAAUUGAAGAUUUCAUAUAUGUAGUAGAAAAUCUGAGGAAAUAUGUCCCAUAUAUUACCAUUUCAACGGAUAUUAUAUGUGGAUUUCCAUAUGAAAUGGAAAAUGAUCACUUAGAAACAGUUAAUUUAAUAAAAAAAUAUCAAUUUCCUAUAUUAAAUAUUUCGCAGUUCUAUCCUAGAAGGGGCACUGUAGCUUAUAAUAUGAAAAAAAUUAAUACCAAAAUUGUGAAAAAGAGGUCGAGAGAGGUAACGGACGCAUUUCUAUCUUACUCAAAUAAUUAUAAAUUUUUGGAAGGAACGACACAGAAAGUGUUAUUCACAGAGGUGUCUACAAAAAGUGAAGAUAUUAUUGGCCACACAAAGCAAUAUGUUAAAGUGUUACUACAAAACAGGAACAACGAAAAUAUUCAUCUACUGAGUCAUUUCGCUAACUGCAAAAUUGUUUCUUCACAUAAAUGGCACGUAGUUGCAGAAUUGGUUUAA